UUAAUGUGGAACCAAUUAAACAUUAUGCUGCUUAUAUGGCUGCUGUGGUUCCAACUAAAACUCUGCUUAGAGCCCAGUUUAUUCUUGCGCCGGCCCUGCCACUCUAUCAAGCUGUAACGAUCCAAACAAAUCCCGCAUGUUUAUAAUAAUGUCAGUUGGCCAGUACAUUCUGUGCAUACUCAGAAGCACAGAAAAAAAAAAAAGAAAAGUAAUCUCCUCUGUAUAUGUGACCACCCUUAUCUGGAGCGGUGGUGGGGGUAUAAAAAGCACUCGGCUCCCCCUGACUGCACCAGAGUACCUUUGCUGAUCUGAUCCCGCCCCUACACAGGGGAGAGAGUUCACGGGCUCACUAGAGCCCAUCGCCAGUGGACUGUUCCGAGCUGCAGCCCACCCCUCUCUCUCUGCAGUAUGCAUGUUCGCCAGGGAUUCCGCGAAGCCCUCACGUCCCAACUCUGCACUGCUUCACCGGCCGGCCACCACCACCACCAGCAGCAGCAGCAGCAGCUCAGCCAGGGCGGACGGCAAUAAGACGUGGAUGCGGCGGCAGAAAGGCGGAGAUUCCCGGAGUGAGCGCAGGAACAAGCGGACUUCCCAACAGGACUUCCAGGCUGCCCGGGUCUCUCUCCUCUGAACUGAGACAACAUGCAUGUGCUCCUCUGGGGCUUGGGGUUCCUGCUAUUCCCUGAUCUCUUGAAUGUAGUCGCAUCCACAGGGAGAUUGCUCCGGAGUCCAAGCACAGCACCAGAGGAGCUGGCCGCGUAUGAGAUUGUAACUCCGGUGCGAGUGAAUGAAGCCGGUGACAGGCUUCCAGCCGGCGCGCACUUCAAGAGGAAGAGACGGAGUUUGGACGAGGGCACCGGGAGCGCCGCGGAUCACUGGGCCGCGGCAAACAUCCACUACAGGAUAUCUGCUUUCGGGAAGAACUAUCACCUCAACCUCACGCUGGAUUCGGGAUUUAUUGCGCCCGUUUACACUGUGACAAUCCUCGGAGCGCCCCAAGGAGAUAACGGGACCGCUUUUGCAACAGAUGCGGAAAAGGAGGAGGAGGAGGAGGAAGAGGAAAAGGAGGAGGAAGAGAAGGAGGAGGAGGAGGAGGACACGGAGUUAAGGCACUGCUUCUAUAGAGGACAUGUGAAUGCACAUGCACAACAUGCCGCAGUCAUCAGUCUGUGCGCCGGCCUGUUUGGCACUUUCAGGUCUCCUGAGGGGGAGUAUUUUGUGGAGCCCCUGCACAGCUAUCAAGGGGAGCACUAUGAAGAGGAACACACAAAACCUCAUAUCGUGUACAGGAAACUUUCAUCCGGGAAUCGCACAUCAGCCUGGGAAGAGACCUCAGCCUGUGACACUUCAGGACACAAACACAGGGACAAGAGGCAGAAGGCGAGGAGAAGGCCGGCCCCCGUUGCCGGCGGCGCGUCCCCUCUGGUCGGCGCUGGCAUGCUCGACGACCUGGGGUCACUGAGCGCCAGCCUGACCGGCAGUGCUCGGCUCACAUCAGAGCGCGGCGUUGCUGCUGGCAGCAGACCGUCAAAUGAUAGCGGUGGUGACUCAGGACCUCACAGGAGAUCAAAGCGCUUCCUCUCCUACCCGCGCUUUGUUGAAGUCAUGCUGGUCGCCGACAGCAAAAUGGUGGAGCAUCACGGCAGCAACCUGCAGCACUACAUACUCACGCUGAUGUCUAUAGUCUCCUCCAUCUAUAAGGACCCAAGCAUCGGGAACCUGAUCAACAUCGUGAUCGUCAAGUUAGUGAUAAUCAACAAUGAGCUGGACGGCCCAGCUAUUUCGUUUAACGCACAGACCACUUUAAAGAACUUCUGCAUCUGGCAGCAGAACCAGAACGUCCUGGAUGAUAACCACCCCUCCCAUCACGACACCGCCAUCCUUAUCACCAGGCAAGACAUCUGUAGAGCGAGGGAUAAGUGUGACACAUUAGGGCUCGCCGAGCUGGGGACGGUGUGUGAUCCGUACCGCAGCUGCAGCAUCAGUGAGGACAACGGGCUCAGCACUGCCUUCACCAUCGCCCACGAACUGGGCCACGUGUUUAACAUGCCUCACGAUGACAGCAACAAGUGCAAGGAGGACGGAGUGAAGUCACAGCAGCAUAUCAUGGCUCCCACGCUCAACUACAACACAAACCCUUGGAUGUGGUCCAAGUGUAGCAGGAAGUACAUCACAGAGUUCCUCGACACGGGAUAUGGUGAGUGCUUGCUCGACGAGCCCGUUUCUAGGCCAUACAGUCUGUUGCAGCAGCUGCCCGGGCGGAUAUACAGUGUCAAUAGACAGUGCGAAUUGAUAUUCGGGGCGGGAACGCAGGUGUGCCCUUACAUGACUCAGUGUCGGAGGCUGUGGUGCACGAGUCCAGAGGGCGCCCAGCGGGGCUGCAGGACCCAGCACAUGCCCUGGGCCGACGGCACCGACUGCGCACCCGGGAGGCACUGCAAACACGGCCUGUGCAUUCCCAACGAGCACGACGCCUCGCCGGUGGACGGAGCGUGGGGGGUUUGGAGUCCGUUCGGUACGUGCUCCCGGACAUGCGGCGGCGGCAUAAAGAUUGCAAUGCGCGAAUGUAACCGACCAGUACCCCGGAGCGGAGGAAUGUACUGCGUCGGCCGGCGGAUGAAGUUUCGUUCUUGCAACUCUGAGCCCUGCUCCAAGCAGAAGAAGGACUUCAGGGAGGAACAGUGUGCCGUCUUCGAUGGAAAGCACUUCAACAUCAACGGUCUACCUCCAAACGUCCGCUGGGUUCCCAAAUACAGCGGAAUUCUGAUGAAGGACAGAUGUAAGCUGUUCUGCAGGGUGGCGGGCAGCACUGCCUACUAUCAGCUCAGGGACAGGGUCAUCGAUGGCACGCCAUGCGGACCCGAUACCAACGACAUCUGCGUCCAGGGCCUGUGCAGGCAAGCGGGUUGUGAUCACGUCCUGAACUCUAAAGCCAGGAGAGACAAGUGUGGUGUCUGCGGAGGUGACAACUCCUCCUGCAAAACUGUAGCAGGACCGUUCAACACUGUACGCUACGGCUAUAACGAAGUGGUGCGAAUACCCAGUGGUGCUACAAACAUAGAUGUGCGACAACACAGCUACUCAGGGAAGCCGGAGGACGACAACUACCUCGCGAUAUCAAACAGCCGCGGAGAGUUCCUGCUCAACGGAGACUUUGUGGUGAGCAUGUUCAAAAGGGAAAUCAAAGUGGGAGAUGCCGUCAUCGAGUACAGUGGCUCCGACCACGUCAUCGAGAGGAUCAACUGCACCGACCGCAUCGAAGAGGAGAUCAUUGUUCAGGUUCUCUCCGUUGGAAACCUUUACAACCCAGAUGUCAGUUACUCCUUUAAUAUCCCCAUAGAGGAUAAGCCUCAGCAGUUCUUCUGGGACGCUUACGGGCCCUGGCAGGAGUGCAGCCGCCUGUGCCAAGGAGAGCGCAAGCGUAAGAUCCUCUGCAGCCGAGAGUCGGACAGGGUGGUGGUGUCGGACCAGCGGUGCCACAGUUCAGCCCGGCCCGCUGCCAUCACUGAGCCCUGCAACACUGAAUGUGAAGUGAGAUGGCACGUGGCUCGUAAGAGCGAGUGCACGGCCCAGUGCGGCGUUGGAUAUCGCACUCUGGAACUGUACUGUGCCAAAAUCAGCCAGUCGGAUGGCAAGACCCAGAAAGUCGACGACAGGUACUGCAGCGGGCAACGCAAACCCGACGACAGGGAAGGCUGCCAUGGCGACUGUAACCCUGGUGGCGGCUGGGAUUACUCGCCCUGGUCAGAGUGCUCGAAGAGCUGCGGCGGAGGCACGAGGCGGCGGGGCGCAGUGUGUCGAAAGUCGUCCGGCGGCGAAGACGACGAUGAGAGCAAUUGCAGUCAGAGGGAUAAACUGACCGUCCAACCCUGCAAUGAGUUCCUCUGUCCACAGUGGAAGACUGGUGACUGGUCUGAGUGCCUUGUGACGUGCGGGAAAGGCUACAGGCACAGACAGACAUGGUGCCAGUUUGGUGAGGACCGCCUGGACGACCGCUUCUGUGGCGCGGCCAAACCCGAAUCGGUGCAGACGUGCCAGCAGCAAGAGUGCGCCUCCUGGCAAGUUGGACCGUGGGGACAGUGCACUACCUCUUGUGGGCCAGGCUACCAGAUGCGAGCGGUGAAGUGUGUGGUGGGCUCCUACGGGGCUGUCAUGGACGACGCUGAAUGUAAUGCUGCCACGCGACCCACUGAUACGCAGGACUGUGAAGUGGCCCAGUGCUCCAGCAGCCACCCUGUCCCCCCGGUAACCAAGGUCCCGUCUCACCAAGGCCACAGGACCCAGUGGAGGUUUGGUUCCUGGACUCAGUGUAGCGCCAGCUGCGGCAAAGGCACGCGGAUGCGCUACGUGAGUUGCCGUGACAACCAGGGCAGCGUGGCAGAAGAGUCGGCCUGUGCGCACCUGACAAGACCGCCUGCCAGGGAAGUGUGCUUGGUCGUAGCCUGUGGACAGUGGAAAGUGCUGGAAUGGACAGCGUGCUCUGUGACGUGCGGCCAAGGGAAGACGACGCGAGAGGUGUUGUGCGUCAGCUUCAGCGACCAAGAGGUGAAUGUGAACGAGUGCGACCCAGACGAUCGUCCGGCCACAGAGCAGGACUGCGCCAUGUCUCAGUGCCCAUCCCGUCCCAGCGAGUCCAGACCUUUGCCGUCCUCACCGAACACCAUCACCAGGAGCAACGUGGCCCGCAGCCACUCCCACCAGUGGCGGACCGGACCGUGGGGAGCGUGCUCCAGCACGUGUGCCGGAGGCUUCCAACGCCGAGUCGUUGUGUGCCAGGAUGAGAACGGUUACCCCGCCAACAGCUGCGAGGACCGCAACCGACCCACCGAGCAACGAUCCUGUGAGUCGGGCCCGUGUCCUCAAUGGGUCUAUGGCAACUGGGGCGAGUGCACUAAGCCUUGUGGCAGCGGGAUAAAAACAAGGCUGGUGGUGUGCCAGCGUCCCAACGGAGAGCGCUUCAACGAUCUGAGCUGUGAGAUCCACGACAAGCCACCGGAUCGGGAGCAGUGCAAUACUCAGCCGUGUCCUUCUAGUCCUCACUGGAGCACAGACCCAUGGAGCUCGUGCUCGGCCUCCUGCGGAAGAGGUGUGAAAUCCCGAAAGGUCAGCUGCGUGACCGGGUCCGGCCGCUCCGUCCCGGAUGAAAACUGUCGCCACUCGUCCCCCAAACCCAGCAGGCAGAGGCGAUGCCGAGGCGGAAGGUGCCCCAAGUGGAAGACCGGCGCCUGGGGAGAGUGUUCAGCCUCAUGCGGUGACGGAGUUCAGCGGAGGGAGGUUUUCUGCCAGGUCGGAGACCGCCGUAACCCCGCGGAGACCGGCUGUGCCCAGCGCUCCCGUCCGCCGUCCAGCCAGAGCUGCCGCGUCGCAGACUGUCCCGCUCGCUACCGCUGGAGAGAAGGGGACUGGCAGGCGUGCAGUAAGUCCUGCGGAUCGGGCCAUCGAAGGAGGGCAUUGCAGUGCGUUGAUUACAACCAUCACGAGGUCCAUGAAAUGUACUGCGUGAACCAGAUCAGACCGCCGGACAUUGAGAGCUGCAACACACAGGCUUGCGAGCUAAUCUGGAUCACUGGGGAGUGGACAGAGUGCUCGGUGAGCUGUGGUCAGGGCUACCGUCAGCGUCUUGUCUCCUGCAGCGAGGUGCACGUGGAAAACGACAACUACGAGUACGGCCAUCAGUCUUUGUCCAAUUGCCCUGGAACCCCCCCAGAGAGCUACAUGCCCUGUCAUCUGGGCACAUGUCCACCUCCACAGGAGUGGAGGGCUGGAGUCUGGGGACCGUGCUCGGUAAGCUGUGGGGACGGCGUGGCAGAGAGGACAGUGCAGUGUGUGUCUGCAGACGGACGAGAAAGCAACAGGUGUUCUCCAAACGAAGAGCCAGACAGGAGAAAAGUCUGCAGUAAUCCAAGCUGCAAUUUGCCUUCGAGCUGUCUUCAGAUCCAGAGCACAAGCGGCCCCAUUCCAGACAGCGAACACUUUCUCAGUGUUCAAGGAAAAGCUCUCAAGGUUUAUUGUGCAGGAAUGCAGACGGAGACUCCACAGGAGUACAUCACCUUGACAACUGGAGAAGAGGAGAAUUUUUCCGAGAUCUUUGGCUUCAGGCUCAACGACCCUACUCAGUGUCCUGAAAACGGCUCCAGAAGAGAAGACUGCGACUGCCGAAGGGAUUACACCGCCGCAGGCAUGACCACCUUCUCUAAAGUGCGCCUGGACCUGAGACGGAUGAACGUCAUCACUACAGAUUGGCGGUUUGCUUUCACUCGUGACGGCAAGAGUCCUGUCCCGUUUGCCACAGCUGGAGACUGCUACAGUCUGGCCGACUGUCCACAGGGACGGUUCAGAAUCAACUUGUCAGGAACAGGUUUCAAGGUGGCUGAGGAAAUCACCUGGAUCUCCCAGGGAAACUACGCGGUGACUCGUAUCCAGAAAUCACAGGAUGGCAGCAGAGUAACGGGGUUCUGCGGAGGCUACUGUGGAAAAUGUACGCCGUCCUCUGGUGACGCUCUGCCUGUCACAGUUGAAUAGAUAUGCAGCAACAAAACAGCGCUGUGCAUUCUUCUUCUGGUGCUCAAUUUCCCUCCUCAUCAAUGGUGCUAUUGCCAACUUGGAGCUCAAACUCAUCCAUCACCUCUUUGACUCAUUGUGUCUGUGUAUAGUGUAAAUUAUUCCACUGUAAGUACUGUAAAUAGACCGAUCAAAUCUCUUAUUUAUUCUACUUGCCAUUUAUUUUUGUAUUGUAAAAUAAUUUAAAGGUUUUGUUGUCAAAAGCUUGCGCUAAAUAUGCUAGUAUUAAUGCAGUUUAUGUCAGAUUUUCCUUCCACAUUUUAUCACUAAUGUUUAACUUUGAAGUUACUAUGCAGUGCAGCCAUAUGUGUGUGUGUGUGUGUGUGUGUGUGUGUGUGUGUGAGUGAGUGUGUGUGUUUGUUUUCUCUCCAGUAAGUCCAGUAAUCGAGUUGUGAUUGUUGCCAAACCAAAUGUUUUCAUGCAGUUUUCUUUUGACAAACCAAUUACUCCUCAAGCAGCAGCAGCAUUUAUACGUACAAGCAUUAUGUAGCGGCUGUCAGCUGCCGGACCUUUAAGAGGUUGUCCUGCAGUAAGUCGAUCUGACUCUGUGCGCUUCUGCUUCCACUUACUGAGCCACUGAACUCCUUCGCGACCUCCGCGUUUAAAUUCCUCUCCCUUACAUGCCCGAUCCCGCUCAAUUUUCCUCGGAUCUGCUGCGCUUGAGGCUGAUCCGAUCUGAAACCGGUUGUCUGAAGCCAACUGGACAGCGUGGGAAUCCUUCCCUCGCUGCUAACUCUGGCUUUCGUUCGCUCGGGCUGGAGAGAGGAGGAGGUUGGAGGUUCUUUAAGCAAGUGGAAAUCAACGGGGUCAGGUGCUGUAGAAAUGUCUCUGCUGUGCAGCUGCGGAGCUCUGGCAGUUUGGCGUCUACAGAUUGUCGACGUCUGAGGGACAAAGUUACACGGGUGGUAAAAAAUAUAUGACAUGUACCAGUGCAUACAGAAAAGCCUUUUCCACAGCAUGAUGCCGCCACCACCAUGUGUCACCCUGGGGUGGUGCUUUCAGGGUGUUAGCUUUAUAUCUUCUCCAUAAUUGGCCACAACCUGAACUCCAGAUGACCUGUAUUAUUUUAUUUAGCGGCAUCAAAAUAAAAAAGGAGCUGAAUGCUACUUUUAAGGUUGUGGUUAUAAUUCGGUAGAGUUCAAGGGUCUGAAUGCUUUUGCAGGGCUUUGUAAUUCUGUUCAGCUGUGUAAAUGGACACAUGACAGGAUUCUGAUAAAACAGAGUUCAUGAUGCCACACAUCAAGGAAGAUAAAGUCCCCUGGUCCAGCAUGCAGUAACCAGAAAAGAGCUGUUAGCCUUUAGUGUUUUCAUUUACCCAACAGUUGGGCAUCUUCUCUCUAUUUUCUUGGUAGAAUAAGAGGAAAAAGACUUCACCUCAAGCCAAAUAAGAUUCCUCAGAAACUCUGGAGAUGUAAUGAAGAUGUUGGGGUUGUUUGACCCCAGAGACAAGUCAGUCUGCUAAAUUCGCAGUGAGUCUGUCCAAAGUGCUGCUCGUGCGUCGUGUACCUCACGUUCUUUUCUAUAUCCAAACUGCACAUCGUCUUCUGGCCUUCUGCUUUGUCGUUUUAUUUAAAGAAAACAGGGUACUUUAUACUUUGCGCAGUUUUUUUAAUUUUUUUUUAUUUUUGUUCCUCUCUGGCCACUGUUACACUCUAUGACCUGAUCUGCUAAAAAAA